AUGGGGUCGGGCAAUUUAAUUCUUUCGGCUUGCAUUGCAACGUACCUCUUAAACGGAGGAAGAUGGUCUUUGGCACUUUGCGCCUUGGUAUUAUCAUACAUAUAUAAACAUGAACAACAACAACAACAACAGCAUCAACAACAGCAACAGCAAGGGCAAAUACAAAUACAAGUUCAUGGCCAAAACCUGGAACAAGAUGCUAGAUCUGUAAUUUCUAAACCAAAUGCAAACUUUCAAAAUCUUGGAGGUAAACAGGCAUUUCUUCGCAAAGAGUCUCAAAAUCACAGUUCACCUAUUCUUGCAGUAGAUUUCACAACGUCAAAAAACUUUGCUUCACUGAAUAAUGGACCAACUGCAGAACGUACGAAACCGUUUCCUACACGCGCCAAGAGGUCGCCGAAAGUUUUCAAAGCCAGUAAGCCAACUAUUGAGAAAGUUGGAGCACAUCUCACCAACUCUACCCAAGUAGAUCUCAAACAAGCACAGAUUUAUAUUUUUUACACAUCUUUAACUGGGUCUUCAACUAGGAUAGCCAAAAAGCUUUGUGAGAAAUUGACGUCGCUCGAGCUCAAACACAAACCCAAAUUGCUAAGCCUUGAUGACGACGUUGAUGACCUCGAAAAAUAUUUCUUAAAGACACCUAAGAAUAACAGCGAGACAACAAAUGGGAAUAGCGAGGUAAAUGAAAAAAAUAUCUACUUGAUGGUUUUGCCUUCAUACGAAACAGAUUCGCCAAUCGAUUAUUUCCUUGAACAUUUGGUUGACACAUACCAAGAUUUCCGAGUAGACAAGUACCCAUUGAGGUCACUUUUAGGUUUUGCCGUACUAGGUUUAGGAGACAGAGAGAGCUGGGCAGGUGAAAAGUUUUGUCAGCAAGCAAAACUAGCCGACAGAUGGUUAGGAAAAUUGGGUGCGAGGAGGUUAUUCCCUGCUGGAACUGUUUGUAUGAAGUAUGAAGGUGAACCUAAAGCACAGGAAUGGAUUCAGGGUUUUGCCGAAUUAUUGGUUGAUGAUGAACCAUUUUACGUUGAUGAAAAUGAUGAUGCUGCUUUUGAUGACAGUGAUGCCGAGACCGAGGCUAGUGACGAUGCCGACACGUUGGUUGAUGUUGAAGACAUGGGUGACAUUAUCCGUAAAACUGGACAGAUCCAAAGACAACCUGGAUCAAGAGAAUUGGAGAUCAAACAAAUGGUUACUAAAGAUUCCCCAACAUACAAAUCACUUACAAAGCAAGGAUAUACCAUUGUUGGCUCGCAUUCGGGUGUCAAGAUUUGUAGGUGGACAAAGUCAGCCUUGCGCGGUAGAGGAUCGUGUUACAAAUUUGCAUUUUACGGUAUCAAGAGUCAUUUGUGUAUGGAGACAACUCCAUCAUUAGCAUGCUCAAAUAAAUGUGUCUUUUGUUGGAGACAUGGAACUAAUCCGGUAGCAAAGCUGAAUUGGCGGUGGGAGGUUGAUCCACCAGAAAAAGUCAUGGAGGGGGCAUUACAGGGCCAUUAUCAAAAAAUCAAACAAAUGAGAGGUGUUCCUGGUAUACAAAUGGAUAGGUUCCAAGAAGCAUUCCAAGUUAAGCAUUGUGCCCUUUCAUUAGUUGGUGAGCCCAUCUUUUACCCACACAUCAAUGAGUUUGUCAAAAUGCUUCAUGAUCAACAUAUUUCCUCCUUCUUAGUAUGUAAUGCCCAGCAUCCAGACAAUCUUGCCAAAUUAAGUAAAGUUACUCAAUUAUACGUUAGUAUCGAUGCACCAACCAAGUCUGAUCUCAAAAAAGUUGAUCGUCCUUUAAAUAGUGAUUUUUGGGAACGUUUAAUGUCAUGUUUGGAUAUUCUACGCACAACACAAUCCCACCAACGAACUGUUUUCAGGUUAACAUUGGUUAAGGGGUUUAAUAUGACGGACAUUGAGAGUUAUGCUGAUAUGGUGGAGCGUGCAAUGCCCUCACAAAUAGAAAUCAAGGGAGCAACAUUCUGCGGUUCGUCUACUGGGAAUGGGAAUCCAUUAACGAUGCAAAACAUUCCAUUUUACGAAGAAUGUAAGAAUUUUGUGCAAAGCUUGAACUCAGAGUUACAUAGAAGAGGACUUGAUUACGAUAUUGCCGCAGAGCAUGCACACUCUUGUUGUAUCCUUGUUGCUCAUGAAAAAUUCAGGAUUAAUGGUGUUUGGCACACACAUAUCGACUAUGCCAAGUUCUUUGAAUUAUUAGAAAGCGGUAAGGAUUUUGUCGAUAUUGACUACGUGGCACCAACUCCAGAAUGGGCCAUAUGGGGCUCUCAAGAAGCAGGAUUCAAUCCUGUGGAUACCCGAUGGGAUCGUAAAGCGGAGAAAUUGAAGAACAAAUUGGCAAGAGAAGAGGAGGCAAUACUCAAGGAAGAGGAUCUUGUUGCAGAAGUCAAAUAA